AUGAAUGAUAGAUAUACUUAGUUUUAUGGGCUUUCAAUUAUACAUUUUAGAAAUUUGAUUUCAGAAUAUUAAUCAUAAUAAAAAAUUCUGUUGAAAUAGAGGAAGCAGAAGAAAUAAAAUUUUGGGAAAAUAAUUUAAUAGAUGCUAAUAAAAUUUUAGAAUAGUUAGCUGAGAGACUAAAUAUGUAGAACAAUGAAUAAUUUUAGAUAAAUUCAUUAAUAUACUAUAAAUGAAUUGAAAGGUUAAGUGUAAAUAUAAAUUUAUGGAUAAGAUACAGAAAGAAAUAUCCUUUUACUUUGUUCAGAUGAGCAUUAUGAUAUUGGGAUUAGCAAAUUUUGAA